AGAGUGGGUUAACUCAGAGCCAGUCGAACACGCUAUAACUUAUUGCAUUAGUUCAGCAGUGCAGCUACAAAGAACAGGCUUUAUAUUUCAGUGAGGAAAGUACACAGUUCGAGAAUAAAAAUAUAAAUAUGAACGAAGCAGUGAAAAAACCUGGCAAAAAGCUUAAGAAAGGAAUAAUAUAUUUGUCCACUAUACCAAAAUUUAUGAACGUCACAAUGAUUCGGGAAAUAUUUUCAAAUUAUGGACAAUUGGACAGAGUGUAUUUGCAGUUAGAUGAGAACGAAGUACAAUCAGUGAAACAUAAGAAGCGAAAAAAAGCAAUUAAACACUUUACUGAAGGUUGGGUAGAGUUUGAAAGUAAAAAGGUAGCCAAAUUUGUAGCAUCGACUCUAAACAAUACACAAAUAUCUACAAGGAAAAACAGCAGAUUCUAUGAUAUGAUAUGGAAUAUAAAGUACUUACAUAGAUUUAAAUGGAUUCAUCUGAGUGAACGUUUAGCAUAUGAACGUGCAGUUCAUAAGCAAAGACUUCUAACUGAGAUUGCACAAGCAAAGAGAGAAGUCAACUUCUUCUCAUAUAAUGUGGACAGAAGUAAAAAAUUAUGUAAGAAGAAUGAGAAAGGAGAAACAACAAUUUUCAAAUUGCCUGAAGUUAAACAAAGGGAUACUGAUAAUGAAAUCAGGAAUAGGAAAGCAGAGACACAUGUGGAAGACCGAACAGAAUUUCUUAAAUCUAUAUUUACAUAAGACAACAAAAAUAUAAAUUUAUUGUACAUAAUAUAAUAAUUACAAUAUAAAAGUGAUAUACAA